AUGCAUUUUCGCCUCUUGUUAUUUGUUAUUUGCAAUUAUCCGUCAAAUUACAAAUACCAGUUUCACGCAUCCCUGGUCACAACCAACGCGUUCGCCAACAUGGCUCCCAAGAGUCUUGUGAAGUUGAUAAUGGAAACGGUCCGCAUUCAUAACCGCAGCAGACCAAGCUCUGCCGGCACCGAACCCGCCCUUUCAAAGUCUGGCGGCUCCGAGCCUACCGGCUCAGAGAUAAACAUCUCACCAAACAGCAGACUAAACAUGCCAGUGGAGGUGAUCCUGAAACUCACCGACUUCCUUCCUCAUCGCGAUCGUGUCCUUCUAUCUCUUACCUGCACUGGCAUGCGGGCCGCUGUCAACUUCCACCCCGAUUCUCACGCAACAGACAGCCGGGAAAGAUGUAUAGAAUAUCUCUUCUGUCUAGCCCGCGACCUUCCACACUGCUAG